AUGAACUUGGAUCUUACUAGGCCAGUCAAGAAUGCCUAUAUUCCGCCCACACCGGCUAGUAUCGCGCCGAAGGAAAGAAGAGAGUUAUACGUACACACAGAGGAGCAGGUAGAGCGUCUUUGUAAAGGAAAGUCCGGAAAAGCCAGCGAAAAUGAAGGAAUUGCUGAUAACAUUGGGGAGGAGACUGGUCUGGGCGACUCCACUGAAGAAAACGCAGAAGAGGACUCUACUGCGGAAGCAAAAGAUAAUAAUGAUAUCGAGGAGUCCGUUAAGAACUCAGACCAAGCCGGAAGAUGUGAGCAUGACGUUACAUUUCAUGUUGAUGUUGAAGAGGGCCUGGCGCUAGUUAUGGGGAUUAGUGAUAGGUCCAGAAACAAGUCUGAUUCUACAGACGGUGAAACCUCAGGCAUAGGAGUAAAACCAGCGAGAAAACUGGUUUCUAUAAAGCAGUUGCUUUCAGAUAUUUUCCUUGACCCCUCUGCAGAAAGCUCUUCUGAAGAAGGCGCUCCACUCGCUGCACAAGAUGAUGAUUCGCCCAUUUGGUCGAAAUCCUCGAGCCAAAGUCCCCAAAUAGGAACAUAUUUUUUUGAAGAGGUUGCCAAUGAAAAUGAAGCGGCUCCAGGCGUUGAGCUAGGGGAGAUUCCAGCUCUCGUUGAUAGAGAUCGUGGUGAAACCAACAAUGGACAGGGUAAAAUUAUUCAUGAAGAAGAGGAGAUACCUUCUGAAGACUUUGCCGAUAACGUGAUACCUGAAUUGGACGAGGGAACCUUUCUCGGCGAUAUAGAUCAAGCUGAAACAAUGAGAGCAGUGGAAGACUUCUGGAACGAGAACGUGGAUAUGACUGAAAUUCUUGAGUCAUCGCCGGAGAGAUUGAGAAUAGAAGUCUUGCGUCGUAGUGGAAUAUUCAGUUAUAGUGUUGAUGAAGGAAAUGCAGAAUUGCCUCAGGAGAACUAUGAAGAAGGACAGGAAUACUGGAUCAACAUCUCAGAUUUAGAUGAUCCUCCUGAAGAUACGAGGAGUCUGUUUUGUGACUUCUCAUUCACAGAUAGUCGUGUCAACUUGGAAGACGAAGUAUCGUAUACUCUGGAGUCAGAGCUGGAUGAGGAAAUCCCAAGAACAAUUCAAUAUUUGCAGUAUCUUGGCCAUUUUACUGCCAUUGUUGACUCAUUUAAAACGUACCUAUUGGAUCUGCGAGUUGCAAAACUCGUAAAGUACUUUUUAAGAGGCCUAUACGAUAUUCUUGAAGACGCAUUCAGACCAACAUUGUAUCUUUUGUUUGUUCUUGUGCCUGAGCUCAAACCCAUUAUCGACAGUUUGCGUCUCGAGUUGGAUCUGACAGUCUUGCAUUGGUUCCACACAAACAGGCUUUUCAAAGGUCUCAGAGGUAUAACACCAACUCCUAGUAAGAUUCGCUUAAAUUCACCUAUCGACAUUAUCAUGGGAACUAGCAAGUAUGCCAGUCUUAGGAAGAUGGUUUCUACGGCCAAACAAUUGCGUUCGAUGCUGACCAAAGCGAUGUCAACAAAAACGGAACCAUCAGGAAAGAGAAACUCAGUCAUUUUUGGCACAAAGUGCCAAAAAAAGCUUCAUCCAAUCGACGAAUAA